GGCCUCAAUGCUGCGAGGCCUGGCCGUGCCCUGAACCGUCCAGAUGGACGGUUCAGCCCCAACCAGCGGGCGGCAGCCUCAAGAGCGCCGCCAGGCCCAAACGGCUGGGGGGUGGCAGCAUGACACAGUCACAGAAGACACAGAUUUGUCGUACCGUGCGUUUGUCGCGGGUUGGAGAUCUGUUUACGUGCCGAAUGUGGUUUCGCCUUCAGAGUUACCUGUGAGCAUGGCAGCAUACAAGAGCCAGCAACAACGAUGGACAAAGGGGAUGAUACAGGUGGGAAGAAAGCUCAUCCGCGUCUUGUUAUCUUGGCCAAUCCCCAUUAAGUGCAAGGUGGAGGCCAUCUUUCACCUCUACUCGAACCUGUUUUACUUCUUCCUUCUCUGCCUGCUGAUCAUCUUUCCCUUCUACGUUGCAUGUCAGCCGGUCUUGAGGCUCAUGGACUUGCCGAUGUUCGAGAUUGAUUGUACGCUUUUGGUGAUAGCCGCAUUCCCAUUGCUCGUCUUCUACUCGUUGUCGGAGGCCCAUGCUUCAACGGGUUUUACCUGGCCCUUCCGUCUUUGGCGCCUGGUGCCAUUAUUGGCGUUAAUGAUGGGCACGACUAUUGCCGCGAGCAAAGCCAUAUUCCAGGGGAUGUUUGGUGUUUCCACAACGUUCGUGCGGACGCCCAAGAGUGGUGACGUUGAAUCGAAGAAGAGAGUUCUGCAGGGACAUCAUCAUCAUGGUGUGAACUCUUCAAGAGCGGUGGAGGUCGUGUACAAGGCCAAGCACAGCUGGGUACCCGUUUGCGAGCUGGUGAUGAGCGCCUUCUAUUUAUGCUCCAUCAUUCUGUUGCUGUUGACAAUAUUACUGCCUUCUGCGGUAGGCCGAUUUGCGCACAAGGGCUACGACGUAAGCGUCCUUCCUUUUAUGAUCGUAGCGUGCUUCGGUUUCUUCUGGGUGGGCUGUACUUCAUUCAUGCUCCCACAGCCGAACUGCUCUUACUGCAAGGUCCAGUCUUGCCGACGAGUCAGCAAGCGCUUCGAUCCGACAGUCUAUCUGUUUGACCGACCAGACGAAGAUUUAUCACCUCUGCAGUCGCCAACCACAGAUAAACCAGACUUCGGGUAUCACAAAUUGGAUGUCAGCUCAACCUCUACUGCUACGGAAAAAGCGUCGAGAAGUCUUGGCGGAACCAAAGGUAGAGUGAUACCCACUUCAGAACCACUUUAUAAUCCACGCACGGUCGCGGGUGUGCAUCCAUAUCCUGCGAGAAGAUCACCCUUGGCACCAACAACAGGAGAUCGCGGGACAUCCGGAACGCGCACCAGUCAUGAGCAGAGCAGAGGGGAGAAGUUUGCGGAACUGGGACUCGCAUCACGUGGGGGGGUUACGGGUAACAAUGACGGGACAGCUUCCGUUCCAUCGGAAGCAUGUUUUACGGGACCAGCCGAGCCACGGAGCAAGAGCGCGAACAUGGUUCAUGGAGCGCCGGACAGGUCUCUUUCGCUCAGGCGAAGGGCGCUGAUUGGAGGCGCAACAGAUGUUCACGACACGCGUGAUAACUCGUUCGGGUUUGCCACAAAUGUUGCCCAAGAACGGCAGGGCGGCGUGCCUCCCACUGGCAAUGACCCAUCCACGACGAUUCCUGGAUGGCAAAGUCGACAGUUUGCGAAAUCGGAGAUCGAGCCCGCCAGCGACUCGGAUCAUUCUGCAAACCAUUCUCAGAACACAAACGCAUUUCGAUAUCCAGAGGGAUCGACUCAGGGUGCAAUACGGAAACACCAGCAGGGGUUUAAUGAUUUAGGUAGGGAACCGAGAAUGCCGACGGUCGGGAGCAAACGCGGACUGUCCGCUCUUCUGCCGCAGCGGACAGAGGAUAUCGAACUGAGAGUGGACCACAUGCAGAGUAGCUCCCCACCAUCGGAAGUCAUAAGGGAUAUUCAUCCAGGAUUCGAUUAUAGCCCGAGCGAGGACUCGUUUGGUUAUGCGACGAAACAGAUUCAACAAGGUCGAUGGAAACAACAGGGAGGAAUGGGAACUGCAUACGCACGGAGUUCGAAACCGUUGGAAGGAGUACGGGAUGUUGAUCCAGGAUAUAUUUAUAGCGCGAGCGAGGACUCGUUCGGGUACGCAACAAAACAGGUACAGCAAGAGCGAGGCAAACAACUGGGCAGGAUGGAAAUUUCUUUCGCACAGAGUCCCAAACCGUUUGAAGCAGUGAAGGAUGUUCAUGUCCAUCAUCCAGGAUAUGAUUACAGCGUGAGCGAGAAGUCGUUCGGGUACGCAACAAAACAGGUACAACAACAAGGAGGGAUGGGAACCGCGGCAUACACACACAGUUCCAAGCCGUUUGAAGCCGUCAGGGAUGUCCAUGUUCAUCAUCCAGGAUAUGAUUAUAGUGCGAAUGAGGAAUCGUUCGGGUACGCAACAAAACAGGUACAACAACAAGGAGGGAUGGGAACCGCCGCAUACGCACACGGUUCCAAGCCGUUUGAUGCCGUAAGGGAUGUCAAUGUUCAUCAUCCAGGAUAUGAUUAUAGUGCGAAUGAGGAAUCGUUCGGGUACGCAACAAAACAGGUACAGCAAGAGCGAUGGAAACAACAGGGUGGGAUGGAAAGACCACAGAUGACAAGGUCUGGUGAAGACGAACGCUGGCAACCAGGAGGGCCAGAUAGUGUGAUGCACGCGGACUAUACGAGCUACGAUGCAAGCGAGAAUUCAUUUGGGUAUGCGGCAAAGAGGGUGCGCGCAGAGCCGAAAAUGUCCAGGGAGCUCCUCAUGCCACCCUCAUUCUCAACAGACAGCAUGGAGGCAUGGCAGCAAAUGACAGGCCGCGGGACGACGGACAGUCGAGAGGUAGAGGCACCAGAUAGUAUGAUGCGUGCAGAUUAUACAAGCUACGAUGCAAGUGAGAAUUCAUUUGGGUUUGCGGCAAAGCGGGUGCGCGCAGAGCGGAGAUUGUCCAGGGAGUUGCUGAAAACAGCAACCUUUCCAACAACAGGCAGAGAGGACGGUCAGCAGCACCAAAUGGCGGGUCCAGGGGUGGACAGUCCGGGCAACAGUACGUAUUCCCCUUUGCGCACGAGGACAUGGAGAUUCCAGCCGUCACCAGAAACGAGCGGCAGCUAUCUUGAGUUUGGAAGAAGCUUGUCCUCUGACACGACGUCGACAGACGAGCAAGGCCUUUCACGCAGACCGUCGGUAAAUGACUACGAUGCUUCAAUUUCCUCCUUGGAGUCAUUCGAGCCUAGCCCGCCGCCUUUCAGUAGUCCUCGGAUCGGGAUGUGGGCAUUUCAGAGAAGUAAGACCGUUCUGCGCACUGCAUCGCACUCUCUGUCGAGGAUGGUGUCCAUAUCUGAGGGAGUGGAAUCCGGCAACGAAGAUGAUAACCAUAGAAAACUCAUCGCCAAGUCUGACAGUCAUAGCAAGGCAUGGAACUCAGAUCUGUCCCUCUGGGGGGGGGGCCAAGGCAGCAGUGCUGGCAUCGAGUUGGGCCGGACAACACCCCACUCCGCCGACCAGAUCACUAUUGGUGAGGAAGUCCCAGCGGAUGAACACGCAAGAAUGGUAUAGAAGACAGGAAACAGAACGAUUUUGCACACACCACCUAAACGCAGCUGGCGUGUAUGAAGAGGCGGCACGCCACCGGACUGGAGGCAAAGGCGACCACAGAUUGCACACCAUCUCUGCAGAAGAAAGGAAUACAGUCGUGUAACGGAGACUUCCUAGCUUUUACUACUUUCCACAGGCACGUCGAAGACAAAACCAUGGCCUAUCGGACUCCGAAAGGCCUUUUAGGGUGAAAAAAAUACCGUCAAAACGGAGCAGAAGGAAUCAGAAUGUUCUGCAGUGGAGCGAGGCCCUAUGUUUUGUUCCGUCCGCGGGAAAGAUUGAAACGUCGAAAAUGUAGUCAGUCGUCAGGGCCCAGAGAGUUGUAAAUAUUAUCAUGUCGAGCCCCUAUUCCGUCCUUUUACAACACACCCACGACGCGUCUUCUGGAAUGCAUAUGGCUGUGAUUGCGGCCUGAUGCAUCAACAAAAUCCCAGUGUGAGA